UUGUUGGUCAUGAUCUUUCGCACAGUAUAGAAAUGAAUAAAAUUUCUAGGUACACUACGAGCCAUUCUAUGGAGAUUUCGGUCCUCUCAAUCUUUCCGUGUUGUACAGAUUCACUCGUUAUCUCCACGGAUUGAUAGAGUCGCAACGGAAGCGAAAGAUCGUGGUUUAUACUGACAGCGAUGAACGGAAUCGUGUCAAUGGCGCUUAUAUAAUGGCGUCAUACUUGAUCAUCUACCACGGAGUAACAGCUGAUGCCGCUUAUUUACGCUUAGAAGCAGCUCAACCGCCGAAGUUCAUCGGUUUUCGGGAUGCAGCUCUUGGCGAGCCGACGUAUCUGCUACAUCUUCAUGAUGUUCUCAGAGCCGUGGAAAAGGGACUGCACCAUAAAUGGUUUGAUAUCAAUACUUUCGAUGCGGAGGAGUAUGAGCUGUACGAGCGUGUAGAAAAUGGUGACAUGAACUGGAUUAUCCCUGGAAAAAUACUGAGUUUUUGUGGACCUCACAACGAAUCUCGUAUAGAAGAUGGUGAUAAUUUUGUGUUAGAUGGACCCCAUAUUCGUCUUUAA